AUGGCCGCGGCGGGGUCCAGCCCGCUCCAGUUCGGGGAGAGCGCGGGGUUCCCCGCGUACCGACUCCCCCACGCCGGCGGGGCGCUCCUGCCGUCCCCGAGCCCCGCCGCCGCCCUGCUCCCCGCGCCUCCCCCGGGCCCGGGCCCGACUGCGGCGCCCGCUGCCUUCGCGGGCUUUCUCGAGAGGGGUCCGGGGGCCGCCGCGCCGCCCCACGCCGGCCUGGGCCCGCCAGCGCCCCCUAAAGGCUCGGCCGCCCCGUCGGCGUCGCAGCGCCGCAAGCGCACGUCGUUCAGCCCGGAGCAGCUGCAGCUGCUGGAGCUCGUCUUCCGCCGAACCAUGUACCCAGACAUCCACCUGCGCGAGCGCCUGGCAGCGCUCACCCUGCUCCCCGAGUCCAGGAUCCAGGUGUGGUUCCAAAACAGACGUGCCAAAUCACGGCGUCAGAGUGGGAAAUCUUUUCAAUCUUCAUCCAGGCCAGCGCUGUUCCUCCAGCACUGUACUCAUGGAACUGAAGCAAAAUGUUUGAAGCCCCAGCUGCCUCUUGAGGUAGAUGUGAAUUGCCUGCCUGAUCCCACCAGGGCUGGAGGGGCCAUCUCUGACCCUAGCUCUCAAGGUCAGAAUUUUGAAAACUAUUCUCUUCUCUCAGAAGACAUUGGUUCAAAGCCGGACUCAUGGGAGGAACACAUUUUUUCUGCCUUUGGUAACUCUUGAGGAUUCUGGGAGAAUUCAGGAUAAGCGCAGAGAAGCCAUGACUGACAGCCAGGGAGACACACACUAAAA